CUGUAAGUAACUUCUGCCUGGGAGCUUUGAUAUAUGGGGGUGAAAGAGGCUACAUUGCCAUCAAAAACCUGGCAACAAGAUUUGCAUGAUAACACCAGUAACACCGUUAUGUGAUCAAAUGGAGAUUCAUUUGGCGAUUGAAUAGAGAUGCCGAGAUGCUUAUGUACGUAAGCCCUAGUUUUAGUUACUAUCAUCUUUUUGUUGAUUCUUACAAUCCGCGAUAACAACUCUUUAUAUAGAAACCCUAUAAAUAAGAUACGAAGAAGCCCGCCCUUCUCAGAGGUUUUUUAAGGUUUUUUAUUUGAAGCAAAAACAAAGAAUAUCUCUUUAACCAACCAGAAACAAAGCAGCUAGCAGCCUCUCUCUGCGAGCGAGCGAGAGGUUUUAUUCCAGUUUGAAACCCUAUUCACUCUCCUCAACUCCGCAGAAGAUGGAUCGGUACCAGAGGGUAGAGAAGCCGAGAGCAGAGACUCCGAUAAAUGAAAAUGAGAUAAGGAUUACAACUCAAGGGAGGAUGAGAAACUACAUUACUUAUGCCACCACUCUCCUCCAGGAAAAAGGGUCAGACGAGAUUGUCCUUAAGGCAAUGGGGAGAGCUAUCAACAAGACUGUCAUGAUUGCUGAAUUAAUUAAGAGAAGAAUUGUUGGUCUCCAUCAGAACACAUGUGUUGGAUCUACUGAUAUAACUGACAUGUGGGAGCCGCUUGAAGAAGGCCUUCUUCUUCUGGAAACUACUCGCCAUGUUUCAAUGAUCGCCAUUACAUUGUCGAAGAAAGAGCUUGAUGCAUCCUCCACAGGAUAUCAGCCUCCAAUUCCAGCUGAUCAAGUCAAACCAUGGACUGAGUUUGAUUAUGAAGGAGAGGGCUCUCCUGGUAUGCGAGGUAGAGGCCGUGGUGGUCGAGGAAGGGGCCGAGGUAGAGGAGGGUUUAACAAUGGAGUCAGUGAUUAUAAUGGAGGUGAUGCUGGUUAUGAUAAUGGUGGACGGGGAUAUGGGGGAAGGGGGAGAGGCCGUGGGCGUGGGCGAGGUUUCCAUGGCCGUGGAAGAGGUGGUUAUGGUGGUGGAGAUAUGGUGAUGCAUCAAGAGACUGGUGGUGGUUAUAAUGAUUAUGGUGGCGGACCAGAAGCACCACCUGCCCAAGGACGUGGGCGCGGUCGUGGUAGGGGACGGGGCCGUGGGCGUGGUCGAGAAUAUAAUAGAUCGGAUGUGCCGGUCCAGGCAGCAGCUGCUUGAGUUUUUUGUAUUGUUAGGCUUUUGAAUUAGUUUGUAGAAUCUCAAGUUCAAUUCAAUUUUGUCGCGAUUUAGGAAAGGACUUUCAUGUAGGUUAAUAUCUAUUCACUAUAUAGAAUUAUCCAAGUUCGAAAUGAAAUUCAGUCCCAGUGAUGUUUUGUUAAAGUUAUAUAAAACUAUAGCUCCUCAAGUCCAGGUGUUUGAAAAUCGUCCAACGUAA